GGACAACAACAUCUGUCUGGCCUGUUCGAAGUCAUACAAGUGGAAGAAAUCAUUGCAUCGACACAUACGAGAGAAUCCUGAGUGUUGGCCGGAAUGGGUGCGUUGCUCUCCCUUCUACGCUCGGAUUACAACAAGCAACAACAACAACAGCAACAACAACAGCAACAGCAACACAUUCGAAUCGGAAAGAAAACUUUGAGGAGCAACGUGGAUGCUUCGACUAGUGGGAACGAUGUUCAUCACGUUGGUAGAACGUUACUCGGCAAUCUGUCAACAACAAUAAGCAGCAAUGCGUCUACGUCAGCAUCGGGAUCGGCAGCAUCGGGAUCAGCAGCAUCAGGAUUGGUACCAUCUGGAUCAGGAGCAACAGUGACAACAACAACGACCUAUCGUCGUCAUAGUUCGGCAACAGAGAGCAGCAGUUAUCCGAGCAACGACGGACACGUUCGUUCACAUACUACAAGCAACAAUAAUACUACUAGCCGCGAAGUUGUAUUCCCGGACUCGUUCGAAGUACUACCGCAACCGCAUGACCUUAGUAUAGUUUAUAUGGGCGUUACUCACGAACAACAACGUAAAUUCCGUUGUCGUUUUUGCGGCAAAGGUUAUCGUUGGAAGAGUACAAUGCGCCGACACGAAACCGUCGAAUGCGGUGGCAAACCACCGGCCUUUCAAUGUCCCGUAUGUCCUUACAAAGCUAGACAAAGAGGUAAUCUGACGGUACAUUAUAAACGCCAUCAUACAAAGAUCGAAUAUGACGAGGGUGCUUAGGAUAUAUAUAUAUAUAUAUAUAUAUAUAUAUAUAUAUGUAUAUUUAAAAAAAAAGAAAAGGAAAAAAAGAGGAAUAAGAAGAAGAAGAAGAAGGGUUGAUUUUUUUUUCUUUUUCUCUUAUAAUACGUACAGAUAUUAUAUACGUGUAAUAAUAUAUGUUAUGUAUCUCUUGACGCGCGGGCCUUUACUUUUUUUUUUUUUUUUUUACUUUGUUCUAUUUUAUUUUUCUCUCUUUCCUUUUUUUCUUUUACUUUCUUCUCUCUCUUUCUCUCGCGUUCUCUCAUCGUUUUCUUAUUUUCUAAUAUCGUGAAUAAGUAUUGAUGCACGUAUCGUUAUAUGGUAUUCAUCAUUUAGAUAUAUUUAUAUGCUAGUUGUUUGUACGUAGUUGAAUCUUCUUUCUCCUUCUCUCUUUCUUUUCUCUUUUUUCUCCUUUCUUUCUUUCUUUUCUUUUUUUUAAUCGAACAACAACUUUCCCUCCAAACGAAUCCACACGUAACUUUUACUCCUUUUUUUUUUUUUCUUUUUCUUUCUAAUGUCAUCUUCAUCGGCGUCGAAUUUUACAUUAAAAAAAGGAUUAUACUGCAAAGCGCGUUUUCUCCUUUCAAAGAUUCGCUAUCUUCUUUUUUUAUCUUGCAAAAUCUUUCUCCUUCUGUUUUUGUUUUCUUCUGCCGUUUUCGUCUUCUCUUUCUCAAUGAAAUUUUAAUGAGAUUUCGUGUCGUUUAAAUUUCAAUCGAAAGAAAAGUAAAAAAAGAAAAAGAUAGAAAGAAAGUAAGAAAAGUACAUCAAGAGUCCCUCCAACGUGUUAAUAAUAUAGAAUUUAAUAUAAGAUAUUUUCGAUUAGAUGAAAGUUUUCUUGAUAGGCCUGAUCGUCGUGCGUUAUAUUAGAAAAUUUUCUCGGGUAGUUGCUUAGUAAACGAAAUACUUACACACGAUUAGAGAUUAUUUUGCUUAGUUCAGAGUAAAUAACAAAAGCGGGUACGGAUCUUAUUCUAUAUGCAUAUAUAUAUGUAUAUAGAUAUAUUUUUUUUCCUUUUUUUUUUGAUCAUAAGUCUUAAUCAUGGUGAUUUACUUAAUUCUAUAUCGAAUUCUUCCUCUUUCUCUGUUUUUUUCUCUUUUUUCUUGUAAUAAUAAUUUAGAGCUCGAAUAGACGAAUCGAUAUGUAUGAAUAUAAUAAUGUGUAUAUAUAUAUAUACACUAUUUAUACAUUCGAGCUAUCCUUUUUCUUUUCUUUUUCUUUCUUUCUCUCUAUUUUUCUCUAUCUCGCUCCUUCUUUUUUUAAUUUUAUUUUUAUUACUUUUACUUUAGUUUCUAUAGAACACGCGACGAGAACAAGCUAGCUCUUUUUUCUCCUGGAGGUGGUGUAAUUAUAUAAAGUAAUUAUUAAUUAAGUGUGAAAAAGAAACUUUUAAUUUAUUAAUGAUUUCUAUUUAAAGAAAAAAAGAAAAAAAGAAAAAAAAAUCGAAAAAAAUAGAAAUAAAAAAUGUCCCACAAAAAGAAACUCCAACACAGUACAUACAAACGUACACACACAAUGACAAGUUCUCCCUCGCGCGUAAACUCACUCGUACAGUAUUUUUUUAAACUUUUUCAUUUUUUUCUUCGUCGAAAGGAGUGAGAACUUGAAUUCGCACGACGAUCAUCGCGCCACCGUGAGAUCUGUUUCACAAAGAUCACAGAGAUUUAAGAAAAAAAAAAGGAAAGAAAAAAAAACAAAGAAAAAAAACAAAAGAUUUUUAUAUAUAUAUAUAUGUUCGUAAAAAAAGAAAAAAGAAACAAAAAAAGCAAAAGAAAGAACCAACGACAUUCCAUGAGAGAGGGGGAAGAUAUUCGAUAUCUAUUAAGUGUCUUUUUCUCCAAAAGAAUAAAUUCUUUGAGGGUUUCUCCCCCCUACCCUCUCUCAUACUAUAAUUAUUACUACUAUUACUGCUACUACUACUACUACUAUUACUAUGUGACAGUAUUAGAACAGUGCCUUGUUUUUAUAAAAACGCUAUUCUCAUGAGAAAGACAAAAACAAAAAAAAAGCAAACGACGAAGAUAAGAAACGCGCAUUAGAAUGAAAUUUGAUAAUCGUAUAUAAAAAUCAUGAUAUUUGCGAAACAAUCUCCGAAGAUUGGUUACCUGAGAGCACCUAGACUUAACGAUAUAUAAAUGAUAAUAAUAAUAAUAAGAAGAAUUAAUAAUUAUAAUAAUAAUAAUUAUAAUAACGAUUGAUAUAAUUAAUGAUAAUAACGAUUAAUAAUAACAAGAAUAAUAAUAAUAAUAUUAAUAAUAAUAAUAUUAAUAAUAAUAAUUAUUAUAAUGAUGAUAAUGUUAAUUAUGAUAACGAGUAAUCAUUGAUCGAUCUAUCGAAGCUUUUCACACGUGACAAAAUUAAUAAUGAUAAUAUCAAUAAUAAUGAUAAUGAUGAUAAUAAUGAUUGACCGAUCUUCCGAAGUUUUUCAUAAGUGACAUGAUCGAACAUUAACAAAGAGAGCUCGCCGCGAUUGGUGAAUUUUUGAUUGUUUUCUUUUAAGAAUAUUCUUUCAAUUAUAUUUCGCGUGAAUCGGCAGAAUUUCGUGAUCUUUUCUUUUUUUUUCGAUAAAAGAAAAAAAGAAAGUUUUUAUCUUGAGAUCAUUUCUAUAAAGAAACUAAAAAGUAUGUUUGUCUGUUGUGUAUAUGUGCGCGUGCAUGUAUGUUUGUGUAUAUUAAUGUCCAAUUGCAAAUAGAUAGCUCGGAGGAUCGUUUGACAACAAUCAUACCGAUUUAGGGAGUACCAUUUAGAUCAAUUAGGGUUGAUUUCUAUUGUUCUACGUGUGUCACUAUAUUUUAUUAUUAGUCUUUCCUUUUCCUUUUUUGUUUUUUAUUUUUUUCUCUCGAUAAGUCUCAUUUUCUUCUUUUGAACGUCUGUUAAUUUUUCUCCAAUACUUUCGCCGUCGAGCGUUAGUUUAAAGACCGAGACACGAUCUCCAAUCUUUUAUAUCGAUCACAGUUUUAUGAAAGUGAUUAUAUCUCUUUGUUUCCUUCUUUUUUCAUUUUGAAUGCGUCCAUUUAGUAUUGUACGCAUUUAAGCGCUUCAUUGAUAUCUUAAACCAUGCAUCUCCGUUUUGUUUUAUUUUUUAUCCGAUUAUUUUACCCUCUAAAGUGAAAAAAAAAAGCGUAUAAAAUUUAUCCGUGGAAAAGAGAAAAAAAAAAGAAAAGAAAAAAGAAAAAGAGAAAGAAAAUCGGUCGAAUUGACUGAUAUCAACGCGAACAGGUUGAUCUUUCUAUGAACUUUCUAUCGAUUCUUUUGGAUCGUCAAGAAACAUAUCAACUCUAACGAAAAAGAAUAUAUAUAUAUGUAUAUAUAUAUACACACACACACACAUAUAUGUCUAUAUAUAUUUUUAGAUGAAUUUUUUCCGUCUUAUGUGUCGCAUCGAUUAAAAUUAUCGUCGCUCGAUCGUUAGUAGAGAAAAUUGUUAAAAUUAAGAAAAUGUCCAAGAAUCUUAUGUGUAUAUAUAUAUAUAAAUAUAUAUAUAUAAAAAAAAAAAUAAGACAUAAGAGAAAAAAAGAAGUUGAAUUAAUUACAAUGAUCAACCUAUUCGUUUUCAAGUACAUAAGGACAUACUCUUAGCAUUCUAAGGACAUACGGUGUUUUCCAUUUUGAUAUAUGUAUAUAUAUAUACACGUUUAUAUAUAUGUGAAUUUUAUGUAUAAAUAUUUACAUUGGGAGGAAUAUAUAUAUAUAUACACAUAUACCUAUAUAUAUAUAUGUGUGUGUAUAUAUAGUAAAAGACAAAGAGAGAGAGAGAGAGAGAGAAAGAGAGAGAGAGAGAAGAAAAAGAAAAAAAGCUGAUAAUAAUGACAAUGAUAAUGAUGAUGAUAAUGAUGAUGAUAACGAUGACGAUGAUGAUGAUAAUGAUGAUAAUGACGUUAACGACGAUAAUGAUGAUGUUAAUGACGUCAAAGGACGCCCGUCCAGUUGAGGUGCGCGUCAGUAUUUUUGAUAUCAGUAUUUGCGAAGAUUUUUUCGCGCGUCGACCUGCCCUACGAAAUAACUCGUAGGAUAUACUCGUUAACUUUGUCUCAACCAAUCCUCACACCGCUCCUCUGUCGCCACUGUUCUCUCUUUCUUUCAUUCUUUCUUUCUUUCUUUUUUUUUUUCUUAUUUUUUUACUUUAAUUUUUUGUCUUUUCGUUAUUUUUUUCUCUCUUUCAUCUUUUCUAAUACGUACAAAACGUAUCCCCGUAUUAUCUUCUAAUCUUUCUAAUCAACGCUAAGCUCGAAAUUUUCGAUGUAUCCGUUUCUUUUCCUUCCCCCUCUCCGUCCUCUUCUUCCUUCUUCAUCUUCGUCAGCAACCCUUCUUUUUUGAAUCAACGUUUCCUUGUUCUUUUUUUUUUCUUUUUUUUUUUCUUUCUUUCUUUAUUCUUACGUUCGAAAAAGAACUUCGUUGGGCUUCCUUCCGUCUCUCUUUUCUUUUUUAUCUUUUUUUUUGUUGUUAUUAUUAUCAUUAUUUUUUUUCUGCACCCACCCCCCAGUACCAACCAACCAACCAACCAACCAACCAACCAUUCAACUCGUCUUCGCUUUUCCUUUCUUCGUUGUCUUUCUUCUUUUUCUUCUUCUUCGUUUUUUUCAAACUUCUUUUCUUCCCUUCAAUCUUUUGGAAAGGUUCUCUUUUCUUUUUUACGGCGAAUACUACGAAUUUAACCUACUAUCGCGCGAGAUGACUAUAUCAAUAAUUAAUAUUAUUAUUAAUAUUAUUAAUAUUAUUAAAGUAUAUGGAAAAAGAUUAAAAAAAAAAAAAACGAAAAAAAAAACACAAAAAAAAAGAA